AUGUCUUGCGAUUCUAUGGACAGUAAUUCAGAUUGUUAUGCAUAUUCGGCAUCCCGAAACCCUUCUGAUGUGCAUAAAAAUCAAAACUCUGAACUUGAAGUUGGACAGGUACGUUGGUUCUAUCGCGAUGCUUGUGACAAACGGUGGUUACCAUUCAACGGUUGUGAUUCUAUCAAUUUAGAGCUGAGCUAUAGAAGUCUCCUGGCAUGCAACAUGACCAACACUCUUGGCUCGUGUGGACAUUUUACUAAUAGAACAGGGGAGUGUUCCAGUAACCCUGAAGUACCUGUUAGAGGAGGGUUAUUUGUCGCAAAAGUAGUGCAACGAUGUUGUUUUCCUAUCUAUUGGUCCGGUGACAAAUGUCCUAUUUUGCGUGGUACUUGGUUUCGUGAGUGUUAUAAUGACAAUCUUGAGCCCCUUGAUGAUGAGUCAAUGGUUGAACGUUUGGAGGUUGAAUACACCACCCGACACUUAAAAACAUGCAAUAGCCUCAAAAGUCUUAGAAAAUCUUUUUAUUCAAGUGGUAAUUUAUUCUCAAAGUCAGAUAGUGGUUCCCCGUUCCAGUCUGUGGCCAGUGCUCCUGUUUUUCAGUGUUCAGAUGUUGGGGAAACAAUUGGUGAAUCACCCACUCAAACCUCCGAAUCCUUAUGUGAAGAUUUUCCGAUUGAAUCAGAAAGCCACUUGAAUGAUAGUUCUAAUACUCCUUCCGUUUUAAAAAAAGAAUUCCCUACCAAACAAUUCACUUCACUGAUUGCCACGUUGAUUGGUAUGGAGAGAACGAAUUGUAUCUUUAUUAUGAAUCAACUAGUUUGUACAUAA